AUGGUUGAGCAAGUUGACCUUAUCAAGAGACGAAUUAAAGAAGCUCAAGAUAGACAAAAAUUAUAUGCUGAUAGGCGUCGAACAUAUUUACAGUUUAAUGUUGGAGACCACGUGUUUUUGAAAAUUUCUCCAUCAAAAGGAGUAACGAGAUUUGGUAAACGAGAAAAAUUGAGACCCAAAUUUAUAGGACCUUUCGAGAUCUUAGAAAGAAUAGGCCAUGUCGCGUAUAGAUUAGCAUUACCUCCGAAUUUGCCAGAUGUGCAUGACGUGUUCCACAUCUCAAUGCUAAGAAAGUAUGUUUACGAUCCAAAGCAUGUCGUAAGAUAUGAUGAAGUUGUUCUAAACUAUGACCUAAGCUAUGAGAAAAAACCAGUAAAGAUACUUGGCCGCAAGGUCCAAGUCUUGAGGAAUAAAGAAAUACCUAUAGUAAAGGUUUUGUGGAAUCGUCAUGGCCAGGAAGAAGCUACAUGGGAACUAGAAGAAAAAAAUGUUAGCUGA